GACAGCGGGCCCAUCGUCGGCAGCCCCAUUCUGACAAGCCCAAUGGCUCAUAUUUGCAUAAAUCGUAAAUAUGUAACUAUGUGAUUCACAUAAUCAAGAUUAAUGCUACUGAUAAGUUGAGAGGGGCGAUUUAUCUGCAAUCACAAUCAUCUAUCAAUGUUGUGAGGAAGCAAUCCAUCUCGAAGAACCAUCAUCCUCAGUCAAACUUUUAUAUCUCUCAAUAGAACCUCGGAAGCUCUCACCGCAACAUGAUUACUUGAUGACUCUUGAUAAUAGAGGGGAACAUUAGUUCUGCUACUUCUUCCUCUCUUAUUUUACUUCUUUCUUGCGUACGCUACACAUAUAUAUCUGCCCUGGAGGUUGAUCAUUCUUUCGCAUCUACCUCUCACUACACCUCUACACUCCGUUCCUCUGCGUCCGUUCAUUCACAGAAACGAAAUUCUCUCGAGAUAGACAGGCCACAAAGCAUUGCAAUAACGCCUAAGACAUUACAAAAUGGGUCUCGAGAAACUCUUCGCUGUCGCAGCGUCCAAGAAAGGAUCAUCGAAAUCCCCAUCGAAUCAGACAUCCAUAGCGCCGAUGUAUCUUGAGCAAAUCUUUCGAUUCCCUGGAGUCUUGACCGAAGUUUCGUGCGUUGUCAAGAAUCUAUCAGAAGGUUACACAACAUAUCAAAAUGGGGCAGCGCUUAGGAAUCAGCUGGAAUCCGUUGUGCCGGAGGUGCAAACCUUUGCCUCAGGGAUGAACCGAUAUUUGAAGAACAAGAACUGGUUGGAUUUGUUUCAAACCUUCCUGGUGGGGGCGAAUGUUGUUGCUGCUUUCAUGGAAGUACUGCAGGGUUCAUCGGGUCUUGAAGAGAUCGGUCUAAAAAUUUAUGGCGAACUCGAAGCACAGACAGGACUUGCUGCCCCUGAUAAAUUUGCGAAGCAUGUUGACAAAUACAUCCGGAAAGAGGCAGCGAGCGUCUAUGGUGGUGACGAGGAGCAUCUCUAUUUCCUCUACCAUCCGGAUACAGACUGGCACGGCGAGUUCCACGAUAUCGUUCAAAACAAACCGGUGCCAAGUAAUUUUGUCGGCAUGUCCGAGAAUCUUCACGCCCUGUGUACUUGGAUGUUAUUUAUGCGGAAACGACUUGAGAGAUCAAGGAUCAAUGCACGUUUUCACCUUCUCAUUCCUGCUUAUAGACCCAUGGUUGUUAGAACGGCUUUCGUCUUUCCCGAAGAACUUUAUCCUCUGACCGUCCGUGGACACAUUCACAAUUCGAAAGAAUACGUCUGGUUAAAUCUUCCUACGAUGAAAGAUGUUCCUUCUGACUUGUUCGAAAUGUCAAAUGUGGGCAAUAUCGCCGCUUUACCAAAGCCACCGGCACUAUGGCAGCAUGCUUUAACCUGGGUGGGGAGUAUGGUAAUGCCGAGAAAAGAGCCACCCCCAAUAGUUCUUGGAAGAGGAAAUAUUAGUCCUAAUGCUCCUAUCUCAUUGGAAGAUAAUGAAGACGAGAAACUCGAAGCUCCAGAGGAUAUCCAGAUUCAGCCUGAAACACGACAGAUAGUAAGAGGUGAGAAGAGACGAAAGCAUCGAAGUUCACGACCGAAGGGCGACCUCAAACAGUAUUGAACUUUGUUGUUACGAUGUGGAACGCGGAGUUUUACGCACGUAUGUCGUGUACACUGCAUGUGGAUAUUGAAUUGGCUGUCAUGAGCGCAUCUACAGGAGAUUCAGUGAAAGUAAGACGGAUGUAAAUGAGUGAUGAAUUAGAUACCAAAUACAAAGGGAAGGAGUAGGAUAGGGGAAUAUUUGCCAUUUGCAGUUUGAAUAGUUUCGCGGUAGCCUCGUCUCCGAUCUGAAAUAUCGAAACCCAUGAAUUAUAUUGGGAAGUGGCCUUCGCGAUUAUUCUAUUCUUUUGCCAUGCGAUACCAAAGUAGAGUAGAAAUAAAUAUAUCAUGAGGGAUUCUCCCAACGAGUUUUUUUUUCCAUUCGAUGAUGUGGCAUAUCAUACCCAAAAUUUCAAUUGGAGAACUAUCAGGGAAAGUUCCUAACUUUGCACACAGCGCCAAGUUACUCAGAUGGAAGAGGGAAAUUGGCUUCAAGUCCAGGAUUUUGGUCAGCCAUGAUCGGCUGGGAUUUAUGCUAAGGGUCCCAUAACCAGGUAAUCGUCGAGCUGGAGCUUGGCAAAGUCUUCAACCAUCAUUCAGCCACUCAGUACAAAGUUAUUAUGUCAGACAUAAAAAAAAUUAUUUCUAUCCUAUUGAGAUUGUGAGAUGUAGAGCA